AAUGUUUUGCUGUUUUAUGAAAAAGUGUUGUUUUAAGCUGUCUUUAGCCAACAUAAUAAUGUAAUACGCAUUUUUGCUGGUGAAGAUCAGUUCAGGUGCAGGAAACCUUCAAGGGCGUGGCAUCACAGAGUAACAUUCUGCUGGAAUCUUGCAUUAGUGAUAUUGGGGUUGAUAGGUCAACAAUAAAAACCGAGUUCCUCUGCCCGGGAUUAAAACGGAACGCCGCCUAAAUGGAGUAGAAUUCCGACUCUGCUCGACCGGACACCGACCGCCGUCACCAUGGCGACGCGCCGGGGAACGGCCGUCGGGCAGACGCUGCCGACGGAGUGCGCGCCGGGUGACCCGGGUCGCGAACUCUUCGAGGCGUGCCGCAACGGCGACCUUUCGCGCGUCAAGAAGCUCGUCGGCCCGGGCAACGUCAACGCAAAGGACACGGCGGGGCGGCGGUCGACGCCGCUGCACUUCGCCGCGGGGUUCGGCCGCCGCGACGUCGUUGAACACCUGCUGGAGCGCGGCGCGGACGUGCACAGCCGCGACGAUGGCGGCCUCAUCCCGCUGCACAACGCCUGCUCGUUCGGGCACGCCGAGGUCGUCUCGCUGCUGCUGACGCACGGCGCCGACGCAAACGCGCGCGACAACUGGAACUACACGCCGCUGCACGAAGCCGCGAUCAAGGGCAAGAUCGACGUGUGCAUCGUGCUGCUGCAGCACCGCGCCGACCCGGGCAUCCGCAACACGGACGGCAAGACGGCGCUCGACCUCGCCGAGGCGUCUGCUAAGGUGGUGCUGACGGGCGAGUACAAGAAGGACGAGCUGCUGGAGGCGGCGCGCAGCGGCGACGACGAAAAGAUGACGGCUCUGCUCACGCCGCUCAACGUCAACUGCCACGCGAGCGACGGCCGCAAGUCGACGCCGCUGCACCUCGCCUCCGGCUACAACCGCACGAAGAUCGUGCAGCUGCUGCUUGAUCGCGGCUCCGACGUGCACGCCAAGGACAAGGGCGGGCUCGUGCCGCUGCACAACGCGUGCUCGUACGGACACUUCGAGGUCACCGAGCUGCUCGUCAAGCACGGCGCGAGCGUCAACGAGAUGGACCUGUGGCAGUUCACGCCGCUGCACGAGGCCGCGUCGAAGAACCGCGUCGAAGUCUGCUCGCUCAUACUCAGCUACGGUGGCGACCCCUACCUCGCGAACUGCCACGGCAAGACGGCGAUGGACGUCGCCGCGACGAAGGAGCUGCAAGAGCAGAUGGCGUACGAGUUCCGCGGGCACUCGCUGCUCGAGGGCUGCCGGCAGGUGGACCUCGCGCGCGUCAAGAAACACCUCGCGCCAGACGUCGUCAACUUCAAGCACCCGUACACAGGCGACUCGCCGCUGCACUGCGCCGUCGCGGCGCCGUUCGCCAAGCGCAAGCACGUCACCGAGCUGCUGAUCCGUCGCGUUGCCAACAUCAACGACAAGAACAAGGAGUUCCUGACGCCGCUGCACGCAGCCGCCGACAAGAACCACUUCGACGUGAUGGAGGUGCUGCUGAAGAACGGGGCCAAGGUGAACACGCUGGAGAGCCUCGGACAGACGGCGCUGCACCGGUGCGCUCGCGGCGGACAGAUGCAGGCGUGCCGGCUGCUGCUGCAGUACGGCGCCGAGCCGAGCAUCGUCUCCCUGCAGGGCUACACCGCCGCGCAGGUCGCCACCGAACCGAUCGCAAAGAUGCUGCGCGAGGAACCCACGCCCGGCGGCACCGAUGCCGAACACCAGCUGCUCGAGGCCGCGAAAGCCGGCGACCUCGACACGCUGACGAAGGUCGUCGGCACGAACCCGCAGAUCGUCAACUGCCGCGACCUCGAGGGCCGGCACUCGACUCCGCUGCACUUCGCCGCCGGCUACAACCGCGUCUCCGUCGUUGAGUUCCUGCUGCUGAAGGGCGCGGACGUGCACGCGAAGGACAAGGGCGGGCUCGUGCCGCUGCACAACGCGUGCUCGUACGGUCACUACGAGGUCACCGAGCUGCUCGUCAAGCACGGCGCCGCCGUCAACGUUGCCGACCUCUGGAAGUUCACGCCGCUGCACGAGGCCGCCGCCAAGGGCAAGUUCGACAUCUGCCGGCUGCUGCUGCGGCACGGCGCCGACCCGGCGAAGAAGAACCGCGACGGCAACGCGCCCAUCGACCUUGUCAAGGAGGGCGACCAGGACGUCGCGGAUCUCCUGCGCGGCGACGCGGCGCUGCUGGAGGCGGCAAAGAAGGGUGUGCUCGCGCGCGUGCAGCGGCUCGUCACGCCCGACAACAUCAACUGCCGCGACACGCAGGGCCGCAACUCGACGCCGCUGCACCUCGCCGCCGGCUACAACAACUACGAGGUCGCUGAGCACCUGCUGGAGCGCGGCGCCGACGUGAACGCGCAGGACAAGGGCGGCUUGAUCCCGCUGCACAACGCGUCGUCGUACGGCCACGUCGACAUCGCCGCGCUGCUCAUCAAGCACGCGGCGCUCGUGAAUGCGCGCGACCGCUGGAGCUUCACGCCGCUGCACGAGGCCGCGCAGAAGGGCCGCACGCAGCUGUGCGCGCUCCUCCUUGCGCACGGCGCCGACCCGACGAUGACCAACCAGGAGGGUCAGACCGCGCUCGAUCUCGCCGCGCCGGACGACGUCCGCUGCCUCCUCCUCGACAUGACCCCUGGGCAGCUGCGGCCGCCGCCGGUGGUCCCCGCGCUGCCGACGACGACGACGACGACGACGACGACAAACCUCGCGGCGACUUCGUCCGCGAGCGCGCUGUCCGUGUGCGCGUCGCCGCCGCCGCCCGACAGUCCGUCCGGUGGCGGCGGCGGCGGUGGGGGGCAGCGCGGCGAUGGAUGCGUUGACUUCACGUCGGACGGGGAGCGGCAGCCGGACGUCUCCAGCAUGAGCAUCGGCGGCUUCCUGAACGGACUCAAGCUGGAGCACCUGCGCGAGAUCUUCGAGCGAGAGAUGAUCUCGCUCGACGUGCUCGCCGAGAUGGGCCACGACGAGCUGAAGGAGAUCGGCGUCAACGCGUACGGACACCGGCACAAGCUCAUCAAGGGCAUCGAGAAGCUGCUGUCGUCGGCGGCGACCGCCGGCGCGACGCUCGGAUGUGGAGCCGGGGUCGCCGCGGCGGCGCACGUGCAGGGCACGGUGCUGCUCGACCUGCAACGCGACGACAAGGAGUGGAUCCACGUCGAGCACGAGAUGCAGAGCAGCAUCUGCGAGCACCGCGACGCCGUCGGCGGCAUCUUCGACCGCUACGAGUGCGUGAAGAUCCAGAAGGUGACGAACGCGCGGCUGUUGCAGCGCUACCUGCACCGCAAGAAGGAGGUCGGCGACGAGAACCAGCGAGGCUGCGCCGACAACGAGCGCAUGCUCUUCCACGGCUCGCCGUUCAUCCACGCGAUCGUGCACAAGGGCUUCGACGAGCGGCACGCCUACAUCGGCGGCAUGUUCGGCGCGGGCAUCUACUUUGCCGAGAACUCGUCGAAAAGCAACCAGUACGUGUACGGCAUCGGCGGCGGCACGGGCUGCCCGACGCACAAGGACCGCUCGUGCUACGUCUGCCACCGGCACCUGCUCUUCUGCCGCGUGACGCUCGGCAAGUCCUUCCUGCAGUUCUCGGCGAUGAAGAUGGCGCACUCGCCGCCGGGCCACCACUCGGUGAUCGGGCGGCCGUCGACGGGCGGCCUGAACUUUGCCGAGUACGUCGUGUAUCGGGGCGAGCAGGCCUACCCCGAAUACCUGAUAACCUAUCAGAUCGUGAAGCCCGAGACGGUGCCAGAAACGCUUGAUCUGUCGGAUUGAUGUCACGUGUACCUAGUAACUGAUCGUGAAACCCUAGGCGGUGUCUGAAUCACCCCAGCUGUCGGAUUGUUGUGUCGCACAUAACGAGUAACUGAUAAUGAUGCCAUAGGAAGUGUCCGAAUCGCUCGAUCUGUCGGAUUGAUGGCACGCGUACCUAGUAACUGAUCACUCAUCAGGUCGUAAAGCCAGAGACGGUGUCUGAAUCACCCGAUAUGAAUGAUUGAUGGCGCGCAUACCUAGUAACUGAUCGUGAAACCCUAGGCGGUGUCCGAAUCACCCCAUCUGUCGGAUUGUUGGCGCACAUACUGAGUAACUGAUCAUGAUGCCAUAGGAAGUGUCCGAAAUGCUCGAUCUGUCUGAUUGAUGGCACGAGUACCUAGUAACUGAUCGUGAAACCUGAGAUGGCGUCCGAAUCGCUCGAUCUAUCACAUUGAUGGCACGCGUACCUAGUAACUGAUCAUGAAGCAGUAGGCAGUAUCCGAUUCACUCCAGCUGUCGGAUUGUUGGUGCGCGUUGACUGAUCGCCUAUCAGAUCGUAUAGCCAGAUGUGGUACUCCGAAUCACUCGAUCUGUCGCAUCGAUGGCACGCGCACACUGAUUGUCUUAUUGGUGCGUCGCGUAAGAUCACAUCUCUGCAUCACCACAAGAUGGGAGAAGGAAUGCCGCGCGUCUGUUGAAGGAGGACCAGACGACAUUGCUGCUAAGCUGUGCUUAUAAGGGUCAGCCCUUGUGGAGGUCAUAGUCAGGCAGCUGCAUACGGGGCUUGCGCAUUUGCUUGGAUCGACACACAAGUACUGUGCUCCACAGUACAGAUUCACACUUGAGGUGUAAAUCGGCCGGACGUACAAGUAGAAGCAUGUGAAGAGUGGAUGAUGCAGUACUUCAUCAGUUGAUUAGUGUCGCCACCUAGUAGAUGAAAUACACAUUAAUUCUGUGCUGCAAUGUACAAAACGCAGCGUUCUCAAGCAUGCACGUUAGUGGCAUAUAUGCUUUUAACUUUAGAUGCACGUAGAUGUACGUAAUCAAUUAUAAUAUAAGGAGUGAGUGUUAAAUUCUUGCUCGAUAAAAGUCACACACUACAAAUAGAUCCAGUGUAUUGUAAGUGAAUGGCUGUGCCAACCACUCUACAGCUCGGACUUAUUUUAGUAAGAAAGGUUGUACCCUUGCAGGCAGACCAGUUAGCCUACACUAUUGUGCUAGUAUAUAUGCAGAGUUGCGUGAUAUUAUUAGAAGUGCAAAAGAAGGUAGUCUGCACGUAUGUUAAAUGCACAGAAGAUGGGCAUUAGUGGUACAGUAUAAUUUAUACAUCAACGUGUACACAGAUAAUCUUCCGUAACCGUGGCAAUAUACUCGGUAUAUAAAUCGGUACGUAUUGCAUAUUGGUGCAGAAAUGGCAAUGUGCUUCUUGUCAGAAAUGGUUAAAAGGGGUUGUGUCAAGCUUCCAGUUCCUAGUGCUCAUAUUUGUAAAGGUAGGAUUGAUAAUACGAUAAUGCUUGUCAUGGCUUUGUACGUUUCAAUACGUAUAGGGCUGCCCUAUUGUUACAUCAUGAUGUUGGAACGCAUGUGGAUAUAUUACAGCUUUAUCUGCAAAGAUUGAACGCUUCUUAUUACAUUUUAACGUACUUCCUGUAUUAAAACUGGACAUUGUAGUAGCUUGUAGGUUUCGUGAUACUGUAGGAAGUACCAUAUUUUGGAGAAGUAUAGGAACUGCUAUCUAGCUUCUCUGCAAACCGUUAGUUAUCAGUGGUAGCAUUCGAUGAUAACCUACAUUAAUGUAGCUAAAAAAGGCUACCAUGUAAGAUAAGGUAAACAUGAAUGUAAACAAAAUAAUUUCUUUUCAGUAAUGACAAUGAGUAGUGCAUUCACACCAUUGGUGCACCACGCAGGGUGAUGACGUUCGGUGUACAAUAUUAUAGAGAACUAAGCUGAUAGUCAUAACUAUGACCAACAGUCAUAGCCUUUAUCUUUCAAAGAAGAACUGUUAGCAAACAAUGAUGGACGUGCUUUCAAUGAGAAUAAUCAUGGAAGCAGUUAUACCUGCUUAAUUAUGAGCUCAGGUGGUUUUAUCGGUGCGAGGUGAUUAGAAAUCAGUCUGUCUAUAACCUUUAAACUUGAGCCAAAACUUAUUAGCCUCGCUUUAUAAUUGCAGAUUCACCUUUAUGAAUCACAAAGAUGGAGCUCGUGUGGGCGUGUGUGUAAAGAUUGUUGUAUAUUUACAGAAUUGCUUCAGGUGAAUGAACGAAUGGUUGGACGCGAUGUCCGGUGUGUUUUAAACAACAACGGAAUUUUUUAGACUGGCUGCACACUCGUUACAGUGUGCGUUUCGUUUGCCCAAAUCGUUUCAAAUUCUUGUCUUCCCCUGGUUCGGGAUCCUGAUGUAUGAACAUUUAGAGAAUACUUCGCUACGCGUGCACUCUGCCUGUAAAGCAAUUUCUUAACUGAAAACCAGUGGUCAGUAAUAAAUCAUCCCCUUUGCACUAUACAUAUAUAUAUAUAACCCAUGUGUAAGCUAAUAAAAUUACUGCAUUCUUAAGCUA